UUGUUUUUUUUUUUUUAGAGAUGAGUCAAUUACUGUUCAUGGUGAUAUUCUCGGAGAUGGCGGUGAUCAUGGUAUUGUCAUUCAAGACCCCGUUUAGGAAGUUGGUGAUAAUGGGUCUGGAUCGGCUCAAGCAGGGACGAGGCCCGGUGGUGGUUAAGACGGUGGCCGGAACAGUGUUCGUUGUGAUGAUGUCGAGUCUAUACAGCGUGAUGGUUACAAAACUUGUUGCAGGGGGCACACUUUUCCUAGCACUAAUGAUAGAUAGAUUACACCAUUAUAUCAAAGAACUCCGGAUAAGGAGGAAGAGCAUGGAUGCUCUCGGGAAACAAGUUGAUUUGGACAAAGUUAAAGCCUUGGAGGAAGAAGUAACCCCUCUUCGUGGAAAACUUAAGCAGUUGGUAUCCGAUAUCAAGACAAACACUAAACAGAUCAGUGCUGCAGAAGUUAAUUCAGUUGCUUUAAGGAAACAAUCCGAAGGUUUGCUUCUCGAGUAGAAAGCCCCCAGAGCCAGUUGAAAUCUUUGGACCGGAAAUUGUCGCGUUCAGAUAGAAAGAAGAAUAUGUAAGGAACUCAGCAUCUCUUGCUAAUUGUGCUUUCGAUUCCAUUAUCUAU